UUUAUAAAUCAGGGUGUGCAUCAAGCACCUGUUUCCAGCAUCUGUUAUACAAGCAGUGUGUGUAGAGUGGAAGGCUGCUGUGUGCCUUUGGGUUAAAGGUGAAAUCAUGAGAGAAUGCAUAUCUGUCCAUAUUGGCCAGGCUGGUGUUCAGAUGGGGAAUUCUUGCUGGGAGCUCUAUUGUUUGGAACAUGGAAUACAACCAGAUGGCAUCAUUUCAUGUGAGAAGACUCAGGCAAUGGUGGAUUCUUCAUUUGGCACUUUCUUCAGUGAGACUGGUGCAGGAAAGCAUGUACCAAGAGCUAUAUUUAUUGACUUGGAGCAAACAGUUAUAGAUGAGAUCAGAACUGGGUGCUAUAAAAGCUUAUUCCAUCCAGAACAGCUAAUUACCGGAAGAGAAGAUGCUGCCAAUAACUAUGCCCGUGGACACUAUACAAUUGGCAAGGAGUUAAUAGAUUCUGUACUGGACAAGAUACGAAAGAUGUCCGACCAGUGCAGUGGGCUUCAAGGAUUUCUGGUUUCUCAUAGUUUUGGAGGUGGCACAGGUUCUGGUUUUACAUCAUUAUUGAUGGAACGUCUUUCUGUUGAUUAUGGGAAAAAAUCAAAGCUGGAGUUCUCGGUUUAUCCUGCCCCCAGGAUCUCUACUGCAGUGGUAGAACCAUACAACUCUAUUCUGACAACCCACACGACUCUGGAACAUUCAGACUGCUCCUUCAUGGUAGACAAUGAGGCAAUCUACGACAUAUGCAACAGGAACCUGGAUAUUGAGCGUCCUUCUUAUACCAGCUUGAACAGAUUAAUUGCCCAAAUAGUCUCUUCUAUCACAGCUUCCUUGAGGUUUGAUGGUGCUUUGAAUGUUGACUUAACAGAGUUCCAAACUAACUUGGUACCUUAUCCUAGAAUUCAUUUCCCACUGGUCACCUACUCACCCAUAAUAUCUGCAGAGAAAGCAUACCAUGAGCAGCUGUCUGUGCCGGAGAUCACAAAUGCUUGCUUUGAAUAUUCCAAUCAGAUGGUGAAAUGUGACCCCCGGCGUGGUAAAUACAUGGCUUGCUGUCUGUUAUAUAGAGGUGAUGUAGUGCCCAAAGAUGUAAAUGCUGCAAUAGCCGCAAUUAAAACCAGGAGGACAAUUCAGUUUGUUGAUUGGUGUCCUACUGGAUUUAAGGUGGGCAUCAACUACCAGCCCCCAACUGUGGUCCCAGGAGGAGACUUGGCCAAAGUUCAACGUGCUGUCUGUAUGCUGAGUAAUACUACAGCUAUAGCGGAGGCAUGGGCCAGAUUAGACAAUAAAUUUGACCUAAUGUAUUCCAAGAGAGCAUUUGUACACUGGUAUGUGGGAGAGGGAAUGGAGGAAGGGGAGUUCUCUGAAGCAAGAGAGGAUAUGGCUGCUUUGGAAAAGGAUUAUGAAGAGGUGGGAACAGAAUCUGGUGAUGGUGCAGGUGAAGAGGAAGAUGAAUACUAAACCUUGCUUUAGAUUAUUUGGAGCCACACAGUGUUCUAAAUGUUGGUAUUAAAUGAGUACUGCAGUUCUGUAGAUAAACAAUGUUUUUCUUAUCAAACAGGGCCCAGGAUAUAAGUUUACAUUGCAUUGAAAUAACGUUUAUGCUCUUGUAUAAAUAAAAAAAAAAAACAAUGCA